AUGAUCAUCUUACAGCAAACUACUCCAUGCAGGGCACUGAUAUUCUAGAGAGACUAGAGAGAAUGGAGGCCCACAUCAACAAAUUAGUCAGUUCCCUCCACAAACGCGAGGAGAGACGGGUGGAUGAAGUAAAGGAGGAGAAGAGGGUCAAAAAGUACCCAAACUCACCUCUUUUCAAAAACUGGGAUGCUGCUCUGACCGAGGAAGAACAGAUGGAGGCUGAGGAGUUGUUUCAGAGAUAUGGCUACAAUACCUUUCUGAGCAACCGUUUGCCAUUGGACAGGGAGCUACCUGAAACGCGACAUUAUAGGUGUUUGGAGCGGGAAUACCCAAAAGAUCUGCCCACCAUUAGUGUUGUGCUGAUCUACCUUGACGAGGCCCUGUCCAUAAUCAAGAGAGCCAUCUACAGCAUCAUCAACAGGACCCCUCCCCACCUCCUCAGAGACAUCAUCCUAGUGGAUGACCACAGCUCCAACGGUGACCUGAAAGAGCCAUUAAAUGCCUUUGUGAGCCUCGUUCAUGUGACUAGGCCUGGCUUGGUGAAACAGGUCAGGCACUCCAGCCAGCUAGGCCUAAGUCAGACGAGAAUUUCGGGGUGGAAGGUUGCCAGUGGUGAUGUGGUUGCCAUUUUGGAUGCCCAUAUUGAGGUCAACAAGGGCUGGGCAGAGCCGCUCCUGGCGCGAAUCAAGGAAGACCGCACUGUCGUGCUAUCACCCGUGUUUGAUAAAGUAAGCUGCUAUGAUCUGAAGUUGACAAACUACAUGCCCUCAGCCAACCCAGUCUCACGGUUUGACUGGGCAAUGUGGUGCAAGUAUGAGGCAUUCCUCCCACAGUAUGGCAGAAAUGAUGAGACACUUCCUGGAAAGAGUCCAUCCAUUAUGGGGGUACUGGUGGCAGAUCGUGUUUUCUUUGGGGAGAUUGGAGCUCUGGAUCCUGGCAUGAAAAUUUAUGGCGGAGAAAAUGUUGAAUUCGGAAUUAGAGUGUGGUCGUGUGGUGGUAGCAUUGAGGUGAUUCCCUGUUCCAAGAUUGCUCACCUGGAGAGAGCGCAUAAACCUUACAUGCCAGAGCUGAAAUACUUGAUGCAGAGAAACGCUCUCCGGGUGGCUGAGGUGUGGCUGGACGACUACAAGCACAAUGUCAACAUUGCCUGGAGGCUCCCUCUACAGAACCAUGGCAUAGAUAUUGGUGAUGUGUCUGAAAGAAAAAAGCUGAGGGAAAAACUGAAGUGCAAGCCUUUCCAGUGGUACCUCGACAAUGUCUAUACCAGCUUAAAGCCAUUCAACAUUCUCGGCUAUGGCAAUUUGCAGAAUGACAUGAACACAGAUGCAUGUGUGGAUCAAGGCUCAGGACACACCCCCAUCUUAUACCAAUGUCAUUCUUACACAUCUCAGGCUUGCUACUAUCACUCAAGUGGCAAGAUAUACAUUGGAGAAAUCCAGACCAACACGGACCAAACUAACCGUUGUCUGGUGGAUCCAGGCUUGCAAGAAUUGCCACAACUACAUGAAUGCAAGAAGGCCAAAGAAACAGGCCUUAAUAUGCACUGGGACUUCAAACAGGGGUCUGCCAUACAGAACAGAGUGUCAAAGAGAUGUUUGGAGGUAAAGGACAGUGAACUUGUCAUGCAGGAAUGCAAUGGUCAGAACUGGAGGAUUACAAAUGUGGUCAAAGAGUUUUGAAUUCCUGUAGAGCAUAUUUCAACAUAUUUAGACAACUGCUGUCCUGUACUCCGGUUGCAAAGAUUGAUUUUUUUGAGUGACUGUACACAAACAGAAUUCUGAAACAGAUUCACUCUCAAUCUCUGGUCAAGACAAGAGCAUAGGAGAUAUGCCAGGUUUGAGUUGUGCUACAAAUGCAAAACGUACAAAUGCAAAUGAUGCUUAAGUCAUUUUAUUUAUAUUGCAUAAUUGGAAAAAGUAACAAUUGUCUGUGUACAUUACUUAAUUUAAAUUAACUGUAAUGUAAUAUCUUUAUGUGUAGUCUGUCUCCUCAUUGCAAAGAUCCUGAGGUAUUCUGCGUUGAAAGAGCUUCUGGCAGAGUAUCAUUUCAGAUCUUUAUGGUUAGAUGUAAAUUUCAUUAUUUUCUUUCACUGCUAUAGAGGAGUUGUUUAAGUUUCCAGAGUUAUAAGAAGUUCUAAGCUGAAGUUCUAAGCAACCUAUUUCACCGGGUGUCCGAAGAAAGUUCUCUCAAAACGUUGCGCUGCUUGUUUCCUUUGCCGUCAGGACACUCCAAUUGAAAACAAAGUAAUUAAACGGAUUUUAUCGCUAAUGUUUGCUCGCAUCAGAUCCUGUUAGGACAUAGUUAGAGAGAAAAGAAUAGGCAGAGUUAAUGAACAGUGAGGACAUUGUCCUACAACAUCCCAGAGAAGUUUUGACAAAGAAUUAGGCUAUUUUAAAUUUCAGGAACGAUAUUACCUCCAACAUCGGGGUUAAGCCAUGAGCUCACCAAUAAAGUAAAUUUGAGUUGUAUUGAAUUUACAAUCACUAUCCGUAGCCUAUCCUAAGUUUAAAAACAGUGCUACAUUUAUUUUUCAUUUGAGUGGUGAUGUUGAAAACCUACAUUAGCUCAAGAAUGGAAUCCAUUACUUCACAUUAGAGUAUGAUUCUGAGCGCAUUUCUGUUUCACACAGUUUUGCAUAGCCUACUAAAUGAUAUGAAAAGGAAACCCAUAGGAAUAAGGAGUCAGGGGGAAACAGGUGUAAUAAAGCACAUUUAUCAUUUGUCAUGCUAAAGAAGGGCAUCUGGCCUGAAACGCCCAUGGGAUGAUUAAAAACUAAGUGUAAAAGAACUGUUGAGUGUUGUCCUUAAUUCAAAACACUAUAUUUACUGUUCAAGUCUAAUUUAGGUUCAUGUGUGGAGAGUAGUCUGUCAAUCCUGUAUUUUCACAUAUCAGUUUAGUCUCAAUUCUCCUGCCACUUUUUUUCCAAAACUGUACCUAUUAGUCUAUUUUAGUAUUAGCAGAAACAACUUUG